AUGCUUCAAAGUCUUAUUAAGAAUGUUUGGAUCCCCAUGAAGCCCUACUAUACCCAAGUUUACCAGGAGAUUUGGGUAGGAAUGGGGCUGAUGGGCUUCGGCGUUUAUAAAAUCAGGCGUGUGGCUACUGACGGUCAUCAUUAA